AAUCAAUUAGCUCUCUCGACUUCUUGAGUCCAAACAACCAACCUUUGCACUUUGUAUAAUCACGCCCGGCAUCAACCACAGUCAUGCGAGACUAUAAGAGCACAGCCGGCGGCAAUACCACCGUCAUCCUCGAAAAGUCGGAUGACCCCCCUCCGCCUGCCUACAGCCCUGCCGCGUUCCACCUCGAGGCCGCCGCCAUCGCGACGACGGCCCCGGCCUGCACCGAGCCAACGACCAUCAUGUUCCCGCGACGGCUCGUCUACGUCCCCUCCUGGCUCUCCUCGACGUCCUUCAUCGGGCGCACCAAGGACGGGCCGCUCUUCGCCGUGGAGACGCCCAGCAAGCUCGUCAACUGUUUCGGCCUGGGCAGGACCGUCCUGCACGCAGGGCCCGACAAGAAGUCGUCGCCGGCCGUCGCCUCGGUUGGUGUCCAACGGGGCAGCAAGUUCCGCCGCUCGCUCAUCCGCGUCGGCCCGGGCUCCCGUUCCCCAGGCGCAGGCAGCGGCAGCGCCGACGAAGCCGGAACCGUCGAGGUGACCAUGUCGGGCGACUGGUGUCGCACGCACAGCUUCUCGCUGCUCGUCGCCGGGGGCAGGUUAGAGCGGUUCGAGUGGCGCCACAGCCACGGCGACGAGGUCCGCGAGCUGUCGGGCGGCUUCAACGUGGGCUGGAAGCUCGUCCGCCUCGACAGCGCCCCCGUCGCCCCCUACCAGGACCGCGCGGGCAAGAGCUACACGAGCGACGGGAAGGAGGUCGUCGCCGUCGGCGCGCAGCCCAGGCUCUUCCGCAGGAGUCCCGAAUUCGCCUUUGUCGGUACCGGUGCGCGCGGCGAGCUGGGCGAGACGUUUGAGAUUGUCGCCGUCAUGGGCUUCUUGCGGCUGUACGAGCUGUCUGUGCAGCAGUCCGCCAUCAAUGCCUCUGCUGCAAGUUCCUCGUCGGUAGCAGUCGCGGUGAGCUAGAUAGUUUAUGGGAAGGAAUGGUUUGUGAUGUAAAGCGCGCCGUCUAUAGAAAGAUACCAUCUUGAUGCCCCUGCUUGUGCAGGUCUGGGCGACUAAAAUAGAGAC